AAUGAGACGCACUGCCAAAGCCUCCGCCUACUUUUCCAUCCGCUGGGUGUUCGUUUCGACACGAUGAGCCAAACCUGCACUGUCCACGAAGAAAGAACUGACAUAUAGCCUGCGCAGGACAUUCAGCAUGUUUCGCCGAAUCGACAGGUGCAAGCCAGUACUCACCAUGAUCGUGGUACCGGACGAACAGUAUAUGGGCGCUUCGCUCUUCUUCGCGUUCUCGCGGGGACCUCUUGAUUCCUCUUUGCUACUUCCGACGUUUUAACCCUUGAUUGUGUUCUCUGCGAGCAAUAUCGUGCCAGUGCAUUCCAACAGACAAACCAAAAGGCAGACAUAGUCCAUCAUGGCAGAAACCUCAAAUGCAUCCUCGGCUAUUGAUGUCGCGGAACAGGAGGCUCUGAAGGCUUCGACUUUCAGACGUCUCCAUCCUAAAGUUUACCUAGAGAGGUUUGUUGCUGAGAAGGUCCGUCCCGAUGGACGCGAACUGGAUGAAUGGAGAGACGUGUCUGUCAAUGUAGGCUCGAUAUCCACUGCGGAUGGGUCUGCAUUAGUUCGCUUAGGAGACACGACAAUUGUCUGUGGCGUGAAGGCCGAAAUUGCUGAACCUGAGCUAGAUCGACCUAACGAGGGCUUUCUUGUACCAAAUAUCGAUCUACCCGCAUUAUGCUCUCCGAAGUUCAAACCUGGACCCCCAACAGAAGAGGCACAGGUACUCUCCGACCGUCUGAACGAUGUCCUUCUAGCCUCAGGAAUCAUCUCACGAAUAUCACUCUGCAUCGAACCAGGAAAAUCGGUCUGGGUGCUCUAUAUAGACGCGAUUUGCCUCAACUACGACGGUAAUGCGUUUGACGCAGCCCUCUUAGCCAUGGUCGCUGCCCUACGGAACACUCGAUUACCAAAGGCGGCAUAUAACGAGGAGACCGGACGUACAACCUGUUCGCGCCGAUCGCUCCUACCGCUGCAGGUUAACAAACUUCCGAUAUCAUCGUCGUUUGGUGUCUUCGAUUCGACACAUGUAUUGGCAGAUCCGACUACGUUCGAGGAGCCAUUAUUGGACACCACUUUCAGUGUUAUCAUGAAUGAAGAUGGGAAGCUCGUGUCUGUUCUGCAGCUCGGAUUGGGUCUUGUAGGACAACCGGGCACAUUGGAUCGAUGUAUCGCUGCUGCGAAAGCUCAUUCUUCUGAUAUUCGGAACUUGGUCUAUGACACAUCCAAUACAUCGUGAUACUUGUUUGC